CGUGUCUCUCUCUCUGAGGAAAUGUGUUAAAGGUUAAAUGUUUCCUCUAGUUUGCACUAAACCAAGUUUUGAGUAAAUGUUUGCUUUUCUUCCAUAUCUGUAUUAGUUUUAGAAUAUCUGCAUGUUGAAAUCUCUAAAGGAUACUGAUAAAUGCAUGAUAAGGUACAGACAAAAACAGUAUAAUAUGUCUUAAAUUUGGUCAAAAAGUACAACCUGAGACAUUUCAGUUGCUACAACCUAUAGUUGGUAUGUUUGAUCCAAAGGUGCAGGUCAGAAAAAGAAAAAUGUGGAUUGAGAACGUAUUGAAUUACCAAAAAUGUAAUUAGUACAAAUAUUUUUAGGUAUUGGUACAAACAUAUUUAUUUUGGUGUUGUGUGUGUGUGUGUGUGCUCAGUCUUCUCGAUCCCCAGUGAGUCGUGGCGGAUGGCUGCUUAUACUGAGCCAGGAUUCUCUGGAGGUUUCUUCCUGUUUAAGUGGAGUUUUCCUCUCCACUGUCGCUAAAUGCUUGCUUAGUAUGAGGAUUGCUGACUUGAUGCAAUUUGCUGGGUUCCAUAUAUAGGAAAUUUUUUUCUGAUUGGCUUAAUGAACUAACCUGUAUUGGAAAGAUUACUAUGUGAAGUGCCUUGAGACGACCCUUGCCGUGAUUUGGUGCUAUAUAAAUAAACUUUAAUUGAAUUGAAUUAAUUAGAGCACUUUAUUUGAAUUGCCAAUAAUAUCUAAUAAUAGGAUCAAAAAUGUGUUUUUUCACAAAUUAUUAGCAUUUUACGUAAAUUUAUGUCAAAAGUUAAUUGUGGUUACAACACCAAUGUGGGACAUUCACAGCUUUGAGAAUUAAGUUAGUUUUGAGUUCAUAUUUAACAUUCUAACUUAUUUUUCCUAUAACAUAAACAAAUGAUUUGCCUCACGUUUCCUUUAAAUCCUUUAACUACAUUAAAUUAUAUUUGAUUUUCCUUCAUUGUGCUUCCCAGUAUUUUUCCACCAGCCUGAGCUGCUGUGCCGCUGUCCUCCGGUUCGCCAGGGGGCGCUAGCGCAUUACGCGGAGCGCUUUGACGAGGUUCCCAGUCACGUCCGUAUUUACAAGCGAAGCGUGACGUUCACGUACCCGCAAAAAUACGUCUUUAAAGCGCAACCAGGAGUCGUUAGUUUCGGGGACGGAAGUUGAAAAUGCAGUCACUGAGAGUGUUUCUGAACCAGAGGCUGAGCGCGGUGGCGGAGGAGAUUUUUGACGCGGUUGAAAAGACAAUAGUCGAGUACCGACAGGAGAUUUUUCGCUCCAAAGAUUUGGAAAUCAGUCGUCUCAGGAUGCGGCUGAAGCUUCUCAGGUCGGAGUCGGACAGAUGUUUUGAAGCCAAGGAGGAGCUGCAUCACUCUGGUCACCGCUCACCACCUCCUCCUGCUCAGCAGCAGCUCCAUUCGGUGGCACCUGAGCCCGAGCUCCAUGAGGAGGAGGAGGAGGAGGACGGCGAGGACACCAACCUCGACCAGGAGCAUCCAGAGACCUCCCGUGUGAAACAGGAGGAGAAACCGGAAGCCCCUAAUCACUUCUGGGUGGACCACGAUGAUUCAGAGCACCUCGACGAUCUGGAAUCAGACAUCAAAGACUUCAUCUCGCCUCCUAACUACAUGAAAACUAAUCUGCACGAGCAUAACCCCCACUUCCAGCUUUUUAUCAACAGCAGCAGCUGCGAAGAGAGCAGAGGGGACAGAACCUACAGCUGCUCCAUCUGUGAGAAGCGCUUCAGCAACUGCUCCCACCUGGCAGCUCACAUCAGGACUCACACGGGAGAGAGGCCGUACAUGUGUGAAAUAUGCAAGAAGACCUUCAUCACAACCAGCGCUCUGAACAGACACCAGACCAUCCACACAGAGGGGAAACACUUUGUGUGUAACUGCUGUGGGAAAUCCUUCAAGUGGAUGGAGUCUCUUGGCAGACACAUGAGGAGUGUGCACAAGAAGGAAAGCGUGCCUGAAGGAGUUCCUGCAGGGAGGAGCUGAGAUCCACAGCCAGUAUCUAUUGGCUUAGUUAUACUGUGAUUAUAACAUCAUGUGUAACUUCAUUAUAUUUUUUAAAAAUCAUUGUUAUGUGUAGUUGUGAUUUAUUUAAAAAAUGUGCAUGAAACUCAUUCGACUUGGCAGAAGAUAAUAAACAUGUUAUUCCCUCAGAAUAAAA